CGUCAUCAGUCCGCGCCUCAGUUCCCGGACGCUGCCCUCCGUGCUCUGAUUCGUCAAUCGGACGGCGCGGAUUUCUGAAUAUUGCCGCAGAUCAAGAUGUGCUCCUUGGACCUGUUCCCUUCACCUUUGCCUCGUGGCGAUGUCAUGCUGUAUGAAUUCAACAAUACAAUGGUCCCCUGGAUGGCUGAUGAAAGUCCACCUCCCUCAUUCAGCUCGUCGAUGGUCAAUGUACCUGAACUUCUGAUUCCUCUAGAUGCCUUGAAGGCUCCUGGGCGGAUGGAGCUGAGCAGUAAGGCAGCAUUUAUACAUCACAAGGAGACGGUCUGGAAACGCUGUUUGAAUGCAUGGCACCAGAUGGGACUUGCUGGACUGCUGGAGGAGAUAUCCAACUCUGAGGAAGAGGUGCCUCCUUUACUGUGUCACGUCUCGCGCUGUUCUCUUGCGGCAUGCCGAUGGGUUUCUUCUUUCCACGGAUCACUUUUUCCACACCUUUUAAUGAAAAGCGAGGAUCUCACUGCUGAGUUCUCACAGGCUUGUGACUGGGCCAGCUGUUCUCUUCGAGCCUUUGCUUGGCACCCUCACACCAACAAAUUUGCCCUGGCACUUGUGGAUGACUCCAUUCGAAUCUACACCACAGGAAGCCCAACAAUACCUACAUUAAAGCACCGUCUGCAGAAGGAUGUGGCAAGUAUGGCGUGGAAGCCGCUGUGUGCCUCUAUCUUAGCUGUGGCGUGUCAGAGCUGCGUCCUGGUGUGGCACAUCGACCCCACCUCUCUGUCUACAAGGCCUUCAUCAGGCUGCGCUCAGAUCCUUACACAUCCGGGUCACAGUCCAGUCACCAGCGUUGCUUGGUCUCCUAAAGGUGGAGUGUUGCUGUCCGCGUCCCCUGUGGACACUGCUAUGUUGGUGUGGGAUGUCUCGACAGAGAGCUGUGUACCUCUACAGAGGGUAGGUGGGGGAGGUGUCACUUUCCUGUCCUGGUCUCCAGACGGCAGCAAGGUGCUGUCUGCCACCCCAUCUGCUGUGUUCAGGGUAUGGGAGACACACAUGUGGACUUGUGAGCGCUGGCCAACACUCAGUGGUCGCUGUCAGACUGGAUGCUGGAGCCCCGAUGGCAGUCGUCUGCUUUUUGCAGUGAAGGACGAGUCUAUAAUAUACAGUUUAUCAUUCUCUGUAUUAGAGGGGGAGGCACACGUUUGUGUUGGUGGAAAUGAACGUGCGAUACCAGUGGCUGAUGUGUCUGAAGUGGUUUUUGAGAGAGACGAAGGGGGGGAGGUCAGAGUCGGAGGGGAAAUACAGUCUAUGGUCUGGGACCCAAGUGGAGAGAGGCUGGCCGUGCUGCUAAGAGAGAACCCAAAUGAUAAGACAAGUGAAGCAGUAAUCGCCGUCUACCGCACGAAGAACAACCCGAAGUUUGAGCUCCUUCCUUGUGGCUUCAUUCCAAGCAAAAUGGGAGAGGAUCCACAACUCAUGCAGUUUCACCCGUGUUUCCACAAAGGGGCACUACUUUCUGUGCUCUGGAGUUCUGGCCGCCUCUCCCAUGUGCCCUUCUACUUUGUGAAUGCACAGUUUCCUCGCUUCAUUCCUGAGACUGGUACCAUUGUAUCUGGAGACGCCAGCAGCACUUGUGCCGUACGGUCACUCUUCUCAGAAGCAUAAACUUGACAUAAUGAAUUGUUCAUGUGAAAUAUGUCCUAUUAAUAUAAGGACCAUUCAUCACUACACCUUUCAGGUUCUCAUAUAAUAUUUUGAACCUAAAAUCCAGAAUCCUAAGAGGCGCCGUUUCUCUACUAUACUGCCGACUGAAUUGGACUUCAUGUAUUGGAUAAUUUAUGCUUAACCCGUACAGACCGUGAAAAUUCACUUCUUCAGUAGCAGCCAUUUGCUACAGAAACUUGCAGAUCUCCACAUGUGGGCUGCCGUUCCAAGGCAUGGACGUAGAUGGGGAUCAUUCAUUCUGCUUUACCUGCAUUUUUGCCAGUGUUUUGUUGAGGAAGGAGCUAUGCACAGAUUGCUGUUCGGUUUUCAUGUUAAAUGUGCUCUACAUAAGGACACAUAGAAUUUUCUCAAAAAAAAAAAAAAAUAUAUAUAUAUAUAUAUAUAUGUGUGGGGGAGAAGCAGGAGAGGGUGUGUGUAAUUUCUUUUUGUGUCUUAAAGACUAUGGCCACCCUUGGGGGCAAUUUUAAUUUAAUUGCAUUUUACAAAUUUUGAGCUAAAAAUUAAUUUUUCUGUUUGUCUUUAUUCAAGAGGUGCAGUUUUCUGUUUCUGUAUAUCUGUAGACUGGAAGGCUCUCCUUUCACAGGAAAUCCUGACCGAUAGCAGCUCUGAUGGCUGAAUGUGUAGCACUUAUCUCUGGACUCCUGACAGCUCACACACUCAUUAUAAGUCAAUACUUAUAAUAUUAUAUUUUAUCCCUACUAACUCGGUUUGAUAUUUUCCCCCGUUAGAAACAUGUGCAGGCCUAAUUUGAACAGGUAAGGUGAUAAUUUGACUGCACAAUAAGGCUAUGUUCACACCACUAGUAAACUCACCUGGCACCCCGUUCAUUAGACAAAAUGAGCCAAUGUUACAGCCCAUCCGAAAUUCCCCUAUCCCUGACAUCUUGGGAACAGAAAUUCCCCCAUUCCUGACAUCUUGGGAACGUCUAAGGAUCUACUAUAUAAAGUUGCAUUUAGCUCACCUUACCAUAGCCUAUGGACAACAACCAUCGAAUUCCCCACUCACUCGCUUCACACGUACCUCCCAUUGCUGCUCAUUAUCCACGGUGCAAUUCUGUGUCGCAAUACUUCACACUGUAUAUAACUGCUAAUAAAGUUCAAUGGUGA